AUGGCGGGCUCCGAACCAUUCCCUCUUCUCAAUACCGCCAACGACCAGCACUCGUCUUCACGAGACGCCAAUGGAAGUGCCGCACGCCGCCGGAGAAAGUCUAGUGGGCUUGGGGGCGAACUUCGCGGCGACAACGGCGCUCCGUCCCUGGGCACCUCCUUCGCUCACAUGAACGCUGCCAGUGGGCAGCAGAUCAGGAAAUCCGACUCUAGAGACGGCAUGGGCGGCACCUCGAAACGCCAGUCCAAGCGACGCAAGGCACGUAGCUUGGCGCAGAGGGCGACCAACUAUGCCAUCAAGCACACCUGCGUCCUGCCUGCCGUGCUUAUCGCCAUCUUCCUCAGCCUCUACGCCAUCAAUCCCUCCGAGUCCAACCCUAUCCACCACUUCAUCUUCCUCAGCUACAAGCUGCCCGUUGCGCCCGACGCCGACCCGGACACCGUCGCGCAGUAUGGCAAGGGGCCUUGGGAUUUUGCCUUUGUCUCCUUCUACACCAUCGUCCUGUCCUUCACCCGCGAGUUUAUCAUGCAGGAGCUCCUGCGGCCCCUGGCCCGGUACGGGGGCAUCAAGAACAAGGGAAAGCAGGCACGCUUCAUGGAGCAGAUGUACACCGCCGUCUACUUCGCCUUCACCGGCCCGUGGGGCAUGUAUGUCAUGAGCCGCACCCCCGUGUGGUAUUUCAACACUGCUGGCAUGUACGCCAACUUCCCGCACAAGACACACGAGGCCAUCUUCAAGUUCUACUACCUGUUCCAGGCCGCCUACUGGGCCCAGCAGGCCAUUGUCCUCAUGCUGGGCAUGGAGAAGCCGCGCAAGGACUUCAAGGAGCUCGUGGGCCACCACAUUGUCAGCCUGGCGCUCAUCGGCCUCAGCUACCGCUUCCACUUCACCUACAUGGGACUGGCGGUGUACAUCACCCAUGAUAUCAGCGACUUUUUCCUGGCGACCUCCAAGUCCCUGAACUACAUUGACCACCCCCUCGUGGCGCCAUACUUUGGGCUCUUCAUGGUCGCGUGGAUCUAUCUGCGGCACUACCUCAACCUGCGCAUUCUGUGGUCCAUAUUUACCGAGUUCCAAACCGUUGGCCCCUUCGAACUGGACUGGGCCGACGAACAGUACAAGUGCUGGAUCAGCCAGUACAUCAGCUUCAGCCUGCUCGCGGCACUCCAGGCCCUCAACCUUUUCUGGCUCUUCUUCAUCAUCCGUAUCGCCUAUCGAGUCGUCUUUCUCGAUAUUAUUGCCGACGAUCGCAGCGAAGACGAGGAAGAUGAGCCAAAGACGCUGGAAGAGAACGAGAAGGCGCCCCUACUGGCCAACGGUGAAUCCAACGGCCACGCCCUGAACGGCAAUGCUGAGGGUACCGUCAAGGCGAACGGCUCCCCCGUGAAGAAAUGA